UCUAACAGAACUGCAUGUCGUACUUCAAGAUCGCAGUUUACGUUGUGCAAAGUGUGAACUGUAAACAUUAUGAUGUUGAUGUUUGGAACUGUUUAAAUUUUUUACUUUUACUCCAAAAAGCAAGUGCCAUAGUUGUGAAAGUGUUUUAAUAUUAAAUCAAAGUAUAAGCUAGACAGGUGUUUCACUAGAAUCAACUUGAACUUUCAAUAGCAAAUUGUGUAGUUUACCGUGUGUUAAAAGUUCGUAUAUAACAAAAAUGUCUGCAAGUGAGCCAGAUAUAAGCGAAUCUUCCAAUUUGGAAUCGCCAUCCCCCCAGUCGGAUUCUCCUUACAGUUCUCCGUCACAACAGGUGCCCCAGUUGGCAAACUUCUUGACGGUUCUAUCAUGCGGAGAUAAUACGUUCAAUUAUGAUACCGGAAGAAAGCCAUUUCUAAGAAUUAUUGAACAGCCGCAGAAUCAUUUUCGAUUUCGCUACAAAAGUGAAAUGGUAGGAACACAUGGUAGUCUACUGGGAAAAUCAUAUGCUCUUAAUAAAACAAAAACGCAUCCAACUGUUGAGCUGGUCAACUACAGUGGACAAGCAAGAGUGAGAUGUCGGUUAGCGCAGCAUAAUAAUUCCGACGAACAUCCUCAUAAGUUGCUAGAAGACGACCAGGACAGAGAUGUGAGCGCGACUGUACCCGAACAUGGCAGUUAUAAAGUUGGAUUCCCUGGUAUGGGCAUAAUACAUACAGCGAAAAAGGAUGUGGCAAAUUUAUUGUAUAAAAAAUAUGAAAACAAAAAGAAAAAUCCACAAGACGAAAGUUCGUCAAAUAUGCUGCGACUCCACUGUGAAAAUAUUGCAAAAAAUAUCAACUUGAAUAUAGUACGACUGAAGUUCAGUGCUCACGAUUUUAAUACAGAUGAAGAGAUUUGCAGUCCGAUAUUUUCCGAACCAAUACAUAACAUGAAGAGCGCGGCAACUAAUGAUUUGAAGAUAUGCCGCAUGAGUAGAUGUAUCGGUCGUCCUAAAGGAGGGGACGAUGUCAUUUUAUUAGUGGAGAAAGUUAAUAAAAAGAACAUAAAAAUUCGUUUCUACGAAUUAGGGGCGAAUGGAGAGGAAUUAUGGUCAGCGGAUGGACAUUUUCUUCAAAACGAUGUUCAUCAUCAGUAUGCUAUAGUAUUCAGGACACCGCCUUACAGAGACCCAGAAAUAACUUCGGAUGUACAAGUAAUGAUAGAAUUAGUGAGACCAUCCGACGGUCGAACUAGCGAGCCAAAAGAAUUCACAUACAAACCAAAGUACUUCAACACUAUAGGAAAGAAAAGGAAAGCAAACUCGUCUUAUUCGUCUAUAGGAAGCUCUGGCGGUUCAAUAAACAGCCUAAGCGAUCUGCCAGUGCCCAUACAAAUUAUGCAUCAAAAGAACGAAGUAACAUCUCACGAUGAAGUUAUGAAAGAUUUGCCAAUGUUUACUAUUCCGCAGGUAUCCCAAAUAUCAGCGCCAGUGUCUAACGACAUGUUACUGGGAGAGGCCAUAUUUGACUUGUCUGCUAUGACGUCUAAUUCUGCUGCGGCGCAGCUCAGCUCAGCUCAGUUCAAUGUGGGCCCCAUGCUGGGCCAGCCCAAUAUACCUGAGCCUCCAGUGCUGCAGCUCAACUCCUCAGAAAUUGAUCGACUUCUUAAACAUAACUCCAAUAUCACUGCGGAAGAGAAGAAGCAAUUCUGCGAAGCUGAUUGGACAGAAUACUUCAAAUCGUAUGGAGACAGCGUGCCAGAUAUGAUGUCAGGCAUGGAGUUCAUAAGAUUGGUGCCAGAUUCAGCCAGGGUGAAUAUGAACACAAUUGAUACAAAAAUAAAGACCGAAGAGGAGGAAGUCAAAACUAAUCUAGAAAACUCUAAGAAUAGCGAGUAUUCUGCUUACUACAAAUCUGAGGACGGCCUCGAGGUUAAAAGGCUUGUGACUGAAUUGUGUGACAUGAUAAAGAACAAGACCGCACAUAAGAAGCAAUUGAUCAGAGCUAAGCUCGAGCGACUCUUCGAAAUGCGACUCUCUAAUGGGGAUACGUUCCUACAUAUGAUGCUGUCGAGCAACCAGCCCAGCUUGGAGUACAUAGUGAAGCUGAUAGACAGCGUGAAGCUGACUCAGCUGCUCAACAAGACCAACAACAAUAGCCAGUCCGUGCUGCACCUCGCCGUCACACACGACCUGCCCAACCUCGUCACAUUCCUCGUCUCUAAAGGAUGCAACCCAAUGUUAGAAGACAAUGAGGGUAACAAUGUGCUACACUACGCAGUGAUCUGUCAGUCGUGUCUGGAGCCAUUGCUCGACGCCAUGAGGACGAACAAAAUCACUUUUGAUAUCAACGCAUAUAAUAAUGAGAAACAGACAGCGUUGCACCUGUCCGCGAUCUACGGUGGUGGUGGACUGUACUCAUACCCACUAAGAUCAAGUUAUUAUGUUCAGAGCGACAUAGACGCGGUGGACGGUCGAGGCAACACCGCGCUGCAGAUCGUGUGCGGCGGCGCUAUGAGGGAAAAUUCUGUUGAAAUCGUCAAACUGCUUAUGGAAAACAAUGCAAAUCCGAAUAAGAAUGAAGAGAACAACCAGCCGGCGUGGCGCAUGGCGCGCGACAAGCCGCAGCUGCUGCAGGUCUUCAGGAAGUACAUCCCGCAGCUGAUGGACUGCGAGGAGGACAUCAAGUCGGAGCCAGAAGACGAAUAUGAAUCCGCUGAUGAGGGUCAAGAUGCAUGCGAUGUCUGCCUGGUGGACUUGAACCUAUACUUGGACGAGGUGUCGACGUUGCUGGACGCGAGCGGCAGCUGGCGCGAGGUUGCGCAACGCCUGCAGCGCGAUUCGCUGCUCUCCUGGUACUCCGCCGCGCCUAGCCCCACGAGAAGACUACUCACAUAUAUGAAGGAUAUUGACGAUGAGAUAACAUCAAAGUCGUUGGCUCUACUUCUAGAAUACAUGGGAGAGAAGGAGGCGGCGACUGUCAUCAGACGACACCUCAGCAGUUGAUACCAAUGGCACCGUUUUGACAUCAUUUUAGUGAAAAUUUCAAAUCGUAUUGACUCGUCAUUAAUCGCUAUCGUAUAUUAUACUUUAUAUAUUAUAAAUGCGAAAGUUUAGAUGGAUGGGUGUUUGUUAGGGUUUGUAGCAACGGCUGAAC